GACGAAUUUGUUUAAUCAUGGCGGCUUCUUUCGGGAGAAACUGAAGGCUAAAAGUAUAUGUCUUUUUAAAGGCAUUUUGUCUGCAUUUAUCGAAUUGAUUUGCGUUGAUUUUGAGGAUUCAUACAGAAGGUACUUCGGCGUGGAAUAUCAGUGUGUUUCAACAAUUUAACGCCGUGUUUUGAAUCAUUCAUUUCAAGUUGCCGUGGGGUGCUUAACUCUGCAAGAUGGCUAGCGUUUCGCAGAAUCCACCCUUCCCUGCACCUGAAGGUAAUCAACGUAGCUUGAUCUGUUGUUAUAAUGUGAUAAGAGAAUAAUACAGUAGGAAUAUGCAGUUGAGUAAAACUUUAUCAUCAGAGGUUGAGAUUUUUGGGGUAGACCAUGCUGCAGGAAAGCUGAUACUUUGUAAGUGCCCUCACAGAAGCUUCCUCGUAUAUGCAGGGGUUUCAAUAAUAAUUGAAGUAGCCAGAAGGUUUGGAUGAAAUACCCGACUGUAUCAACAAGGGGCCGUCAAUUCCGUGCCCGUCCCGCAUGCUCUCUCAGAAAAUUUUUAAAAUCGAAAAGCCCUAAAAUGCGAUUUCCAGCGUUCUGGGGACUAAAUUGAGUACAAAAGAGUGUUUUUCAUUCAAGAAAAUGUAGCUUUCAGUUCAGGUUCCGAUUUAUCAGCCUCACAAAUUACAAGCAAUGAACAAAUGUACAUUAGAACGAGAACAAAUUCUGUGUAAACCUCCAAAGAAACGUGUGAAGAAUUGACUGAAAUACAAUGUACAGUGUUUGGAUAACUAAAGCAUAACUCAAAACCAGUGGGCCUUUACAUUUUCAUUUCAUGUUUUUUGUUUUCGACAUUGUAAGCGCUAGUUGCUUCUCCUUUCAGGGAGAAAAGUAGCCAACUUCUCUGAGCAAAAUAACUGAUGAAACUCGUUGGUCGUCAGUGCUUAUUGAAACCCAUGUAUAUGGGUGUAAAAAUCUAAUAUCUGGUAACCAAACAGUGUGCAUAAGCAUUUUGAGGUAAUCUAUUAUGAUUUAUACAUUAGCUGGAGAACCCAUCAAAAUGCUGGAAAGUCUCUAGCAAAUUAAAUUAGAUAGAGAUCAGAGUUGUGUUUAUUUGAUCAGGAUACUGGAUUAAUAAACUGACUUUGUUUGCAGUUCAGGCAAGUAAAUUUCUCUUGUUAACUAGGCCAAGGCUACCCGAUAGAUAGUAGAUAUGUGCAUAGCCAAAAUCUUUUCUCAGGCUAAAUCAGAAUAGUACUAAUCAAGAUUCAAACAAUCAUCAGUCAGGUGAUUAAAUAUUCAGAGCAGAAGUUGUAUGACGUGUUGUGUAAUUGAAGAUUUCUCAGCUUGAAAGCUAUAGGCAGCUGGCUAAAAAGUUAACCAGACAAAUUUGAACUAUAUGCAUGUAAAUUCAUUGGAAAGUUUAUGAUUGUAUCUUCAUACAUUUCUAUCAAGUUUGUGUGAAAAAAACUUACAGACAAGUGUUUGAAAAAUGAGAACAGGACUGUCAGCUUUCUACUGCAAUUAUUACAUCCCUCAAAUUUGCUAAGUAAAAUCUUUUACUGGAUAUCAAAAGCUUUCUGGCUUUGGGUGGUUUAGAAAUCAGUUUAUAUCAAAGUUAUUUGACAUCAAAUUCCCAUGCGAACUCUAACUUAAUGAGAGCCACAACUGUGAACGUUCUUUACCAGUAGAAUUAACUGACUAAAAGUAUUAUUUACACCUAGAUCAAGAGCAGAAGAACAUUAUAGACAAACUUGCAAAUUUUGUGGCCAGAAAUGGCAGUAAAUUUGAAGAGAUGACUAAAGAGAAGCAGAAAGGGAACCUAAAGUUUGCGUUUUUGUUUGGUGGAGAGUACUACAACUACUACAGAUGGAAAGUUUCAUUUGAAAUUGGUAAGUUUAACAUACCAUCCACUUUCAAUUUGCUAAUUGCAAUACAUUUUGCAAGAACACUUUUUAUAAAAAUCAAACAGUAAAUUGGUAAAACACUACAGGUAGUUUUCAUUAAAGUUGACACUUGAGGUUGGAAUACCCUUGGCACCAAGUCACAGCUAGACAUCAUGGUGAUAAACCACUCCUUGUGAACAGCUCAGGCAACAAGUCCCAGCAACAUGGCAUGGCAAUAUGUUGUCACAAACAGAAAAAUACUUCAUUUCUACUGUAGACUUUUACAAAAAUCAUGGUCUCCGUGAGCAGAUUUUGUCGCCGUGACAAGUUAAGGUCUCGGUAAAGGAAAACGAGGUGCCCACAGAAAAAAAUUCUAGUCGCGCGAGUAUUUUCGCUACAAAGGCAAGUUACAUAUCAAAUUAAAGCUAAAAGACUAAAUUACCUUAUAAAAGAUUUUAUUUCAUCGAAUUUCAAAAGGUGCUUAAGUUUUUUGUUCUCGAACUCAGAGGUAUCGAGUUUACUGCUGAAGCUCCAGCCCUUUCGCGUUGUUAAAUAUUCACUUCCUUUUUAUUGCAUCUGAUUGACAGAUAAAAGACUAAAAAAAGGGUGUGAGGAAAUUUGCAGAUGUCUCAUGUUAGCGGAAUUAUUGCAUUUCAAACUAAAAAGUCGAAUCUCGAGCGCGAUUUACGCAAAGAAACUGACAUAAAAUGAGUUACAAAGGGAAAUCGGAAAAUUCCUCACACCCUUUUUGAGUCUAUAUCAUUAUCCAUCAUAUCUGAAAGUUUCAAAGCGAUAGCUUAAAACCUGUCCCGACUGGAGGUCAGAGAAUUUUGAUUUUUGCGUCUAAAAUAGAGUGAGAGAAAUCAGCUCUAAAGAUUUAGCGCGAAGUCCACGCUUGGCUGGUUAGCUCAGAAAAGGCUCAUUUUAGAAGGGUUAAAAAGCACUUUCUGAUUUUCUUUUUCUGCCAAAUUAAAAUUUAGGACCCACUCAUGCCAAAAAUCCAAAAAAAACAAAAUCGAGCAAUGUACUAAAAUUUUCAUUUACCGAGACCUUAAACAGAAUCAAAACAGUUUGAGUUUAUGCAGCUUAUUGCAAUAACAAAACAGUGUUGUGGGGAUAUGGAUUUUCACAAAAAUUCUCUGGUACACUUAAAGCAACCCGUUACUAUAAUGUGUCACCGCAAUGUGUUACGGAGACUUGUCACCUUGUGUGUACCAACCUUUUUUGCCCUGAGGGUAAAAGCUUAGAUCCACUUAAGACUGCAUGAUAAACAGUUCACUACUCUUUAAUGGUUACAGUUUUAUUAUUUCAUUCACAGACUAUGCAAAGUAAAAUAAUGUGAAUUACAUCGAGUUAGUUUGGAAAUUUGAUGCUCCAUAAACCCUCCUAAUUUCCUAUUUGUACCUCAAAUGAUAACAGAGGAGUUUGACUAUUAAUUGUUUUUAUUAUUAGCUCAACAGCAAACUCAACAACAUCUGCAGAACCAACAGCAGCUUGUUCAGCAAGCAGCUGCCCAGUACGGCACAAAUCCUCAAGCUCAUCUUGUUCAGCAGGCUAUUGUGCAACAGUCAAUCAACUCAGCACCAUGGCAACAAGCUCAGCAACAGGCACAACAACAGGUAAAAAAAGGGAAACAAAAAUAACAUUAAUAUUGUUGCAGUAAUUACCUUUUCCCAUCCAAGUAUGUCCCAAAUCAAAAUUUAUGGGUGUAGAAGACUGAAAAAUUAAAUGGAACAGGCAAAAGUGCAACAAACACCAUAGGAUUUUGGACAUAGACACAAAAACUCAGGGCUCUCAAUAGAAGGCGGCACCCGGCGAUUGAUCGCCGCUUACUUUCGGAUUUAUAGCCGCUUACUUUGUGUUUAAGUCGCUUUUCUUUGCUUUGUUUUGACACCUCUGGCUUUGCUGAAGAGCCUCCUACUUUAUCAGUGAUCACCUCCAACUUAAAAAUCUAUUGAGAACCCUGAAACUAGAACCACCUUCUACAUGUAACUUGUGAAACACCCACCCAUCUUUAUCUCUCAGGAUCAUUCUCAGUUUGACUGCACUUCCCUUUGUUUUCAUCUUAGAUGCAGGUACUUCAGCAGCAGGCCCAAGCAGCAGCGGCAGCAGCUGCUGCUGCCGCAGCGGCCACUGUUCCCAUGUACCAAGCUCCCCCUGCCCCAACUCCUGUCCAACAAGAAACUGAGUUGGAUUUAACAGAGCUUGAAAAUCUUCUUCACAAGAUUAUGGAGUCAUGUACCAAGGAGUCAAUAUCGGUGAGCUUGAAACUAUGGUUUUGUGGUACAUGUAUACCCUGUUUUUUGAGAUGUCUCACAUGAGAUACAGUUCAGCAACCUAUUGUUGCUUGCCCUAUGAAAUUUAAUGGAUAAAGCUGUAUUAUUAUUAUUAUUAUUGUGCUUAUUGUUUGUGGCUAUAUAAUAAUGAUUGUUAAGAAAAACUGAAUCAUUGGAUGAUGCAAUUCUAGAGCUCUGAUUGGCUUAGCCAUCAUGGUAUAUGAGCCAUUAUAUCAUGCUCUCCAAAUAUGGUACAUGUAACUGUACGUGUCUGCCUAAAAUUUAAAGCAAGCUGAAAGUUGGCUGUCUUCACAAAUAAAGUUAGGAUGAAUUUUUGAUAAUUUGUGGACGUUUUUAAUAAAACAAUUAUUCCACUCACGCUUGAUGGAUAUGAGAUGAUUAUAGCCAACUCAUAUCCAACGCGCACUCAUGGAAUACAUUAUUGUUACAUGUCAUGCAGUUGACCAGGCAUUAAGGCUUUGAUACGUCAUGAAUUCAAUCAGACUCUUUUAUGUUCUGGUUGAUACUGUUAUUUGAUAAUUAACUAUUAUUGGAUGAGGCUGAGUAUCAUCUGAAGAAUUAUGGAGUUCGAGGAGGGUGUUAUCAGGGUAAUAACACCCUCCGAGAUUAUUUAUUAUUUAUUCAAAAUAAUUCCUAGUUGGAAAACAAGCUAAAACAUGCUUACCUCCAUCAAUGCUAAGUUCAAUAUCCUGUUUAUUGGCAAGUCUAGGAUGCAAAGGGUUGUUCAGUACUGCAAAUAUUCUCCAAAUAACAGAUGUCGUCCGUUGAGUUGUCUUCUUGCUGUUCUUGCUAUGUUUUUAGCCAAUAAUUUGCCUAUUUGUUCUUCGUGAAACAAGUGAAAUGUUCCACCAUUUUUUACUCACUGCUAAAAUAGCUUUCAACCUGGUCCUCAGGUCUUCUUGAAUAGUUGUUCAGCUUCCUGGCAAUUAUGCUGCACAAUUGAUGUCAUUUUCCACAUUAUUGGAAAAUUCUUCCAAAUUUGGUUGACAGUAGUUGGUUACGAUGAAUUGUGCAUGGAAUUUUAGCCAAUCAGACAUGGAGAAAUAUUUUGAAUGAAUAAUUAUAAUAAAUUUUAUUUAUGUUAGAAUGGCAAGAACUACAUCUUUACAAAUACCAAGACUCCUACCCACAGUUUCCAGAUAGCCCAGUACCUGCUGAAAAGGUUUGUAAAAAUUAGUUCACAAACAAUCAAGCGUUCUGGCUUGAUGCUAAAGACCUACUUGAAUAGUACUGGAUUUAAUAAUAAUAUUUUUACUACAUAUUGAGUUAAACAAGCAUUAAGUUAUUACUCAAUCAAAAAUCAAUUUACUUUUAAGUCUCACAAAUUAAUCUUGUUUGAUUUGAGUGUUUGUACAAUGAACUUUGAAAUUUUCAUGGAAACUUACCCCUGCAGGUUACUUCCAUAUGAAAAUGAAGGAGAUGCCUAUCAGAAAAUUAGAAUUUAACCCCUAAAUCUGAGCACUUGAACUGGGAUCACAGCUGUGGUAGAGAUCACAGUUCAAGUAGAAGUUAUGUACAAAUGUAUUGCAGCACUUUCUCAGAGCACUGUCAUUUGGUUGGGAAAGUAAUAUUGUACAAAUUAAUACAUAUUUGUCCCAAUUUUAGUAGAAUGUAUGUGAAUAGGAUGCCAAUAAAACAAAUCCCCAUUUUCCCAGUGCUGUGGCUUUUAAUUAAGGUUCCCUGCAGUUCGCAGUAAUAUUAAAUUCCUAACUUUUUUUUGUCUAAGAGUCAAUAGUGGAGGGACAGUAGUAACAUUUUACAUCCUUUGAGUCUGUGGAUGAAAUCCUAUGGUGUUUAAUACCAUUCACAUAAAAAACCUUUUAAGUAGUACUCUGCAUAGUAGUAUUUGUUUAGUAUGUAGUUCUUACUUUUGAGUCUGUGGGUGAAAUCCUAAGGUGUUAAUUUUAUUUGUCUGUAUUCUAUAAAAUGCAUUAAUUUUUUAGGAUUUUUCUCAAAGUUUCAUGUUAACCACUUGUUAAGACUAAAAGGGUUUAACUAUUUUUACCGACAACUAAAGCACACUUUCUCUCUGUUUAUGUCUUUUAGAGCUCUUGGUCCUGGAAUGCAGUUUCAACACAAACUUCACAUAGUUUACUUGAUCAAUGAUAUUCUUCAUCACUGUCAGCGAAAGGGGGCUCAGGAACUACGUAAAGCUCUUGAAGAUGUUGUUGUACCAGUGUUCUUUUCAGCACAGCUGGGAGAGACAGCAGAAAACUUGCAAAAAACUACAAAAGUUUUAGGAAUAUGGGAAAGCCAUAAUCUUUUUGAAUCAUCACUCUUGCAGGUUAAUAAUAUUACAAAUGUUACAUGUAAAUUUAAAAAAUAAUAAUAACUGAGACAAUCUUACUUUGAAAUUUGGUGUUAUUAAUUUACUUAAUAGGGAGUUAGUUUAAGAUAUCAUGAUGACAACAGUGAGGGGAACAUCACAAAAGUAGUAGCUUAGAUUAGCAAACCAAAAACUUUGAAAGAGCAUCACAUUUUCAUGUUGCAUGCUUCGUGCAUUUCUUUAAUGUCAUUGCACAAUAAUAUUAUGGCAUGAAAAUGCCUAGUUUUAGAUUUUAAGGAGGAUGUAAAUAAGCAAUGAACUUGUGUAUGGUUUUUUAGAAAUUUAUUUCCAGCCUACAACUGACAAAGUAUCAAGCAAGAUAGAAUAAUCAUAAUUAUUGAUAACAAGCUCACUUUUUAAGUUUUUUUCGCUACUGUAGCUGACUUGGUAUCUUAAACUCCCUACUGUCCACACCCCAGGGGGGCUACUCGGGAUUUCAAGUGACGGGGAUGAUCGAAUGGAGCAAAAAGUCAAGACCCAAAAAAAUCCCUAGGGCUUCCAGCAAAACCCCAAAAAAUCCCUGGACCAAACUUAACCCCCCAAAAAAUCCCAUGCCUAACACGUGCGAUGAAAAGCGACACCAUGGUUAACUAUUAAACAACAGCAAAACACGUUUGUUUGUACUUUCCUCGCAGAACUACGCAGCCAGGGCACUACCAAUUCUUUUUAAUACCCCCAAAAAAUCCCUACUCAAAUCAAGCUACCCAAGGUGUACAAAAAAAUCAAAACUACCCCCAAAAAUUUUUCAAAUCAAGCUAAAAAAUUUUCUUGCCCCCGAAUCGAAAAUUUCAAACCCAAAAAAAUCCUUCGAUCAUCCCUGUUACUUGAAAUCCCGAGUACCCCCCCCUGGGAUCCAUGCAAGGUGUACAUGUAAUAGCCUAUUUCAAGUUCCAAAAACCCUGAGGAGGACAAGUGCGAGGCCUUUAUAAAAAAAUCUUGUUUUAACCCUUUAGACCCUAAGAUCAACAUUUGAAUUCUCAUUUGUUGCCAAUGUUCAUUUCCUAAAGAAUAGUGGGGAGAAGUUGAUAAAAUAUCAAGCAGAUUCAUCUUGUGUGAUCAUGUCUGUAAUUCUCAUGACCACUCUGUUUUACAAAGCAUUGAUAUUACAAAUUUAAUGUUGAUCAGAGGCCCUGAAGUGGCCUCUUGUGCUGUGCUCAUUCCUCUAGAUCUUCUUUAGUUGUACAACAACAAUAAUUGUUGUUCAAACUCUUACAAUCAAUGAUGCUUACUGGAUUAACUUAACUUAUUUUGCUCAUUUGGUUUUUCCGUAAAAGGCAGUUGAUACAUUUCACCUAUAAGACCUUUUUUGAUUCAGUGUUGAUUAUUUUAAUUUCAAGGAACUGAAAAAUGCUGAAGGUGCUCAGAGUAAAGUUGACGCAGCACGAGAGCAAGUAUUUGGACCACAAGGUUUGAAACAUUUGUUUUAGUUUGCUUUUAUUAUGUGACUAAGCUCUAUAGUUAUGCUUGAAAUUACCCUGCUUAAAGGUUCAGUUGCUGAAGACAGGUCUAAUAUUAUUGCGUGUUGAGGGCGACAAGCAGAGUUGUCAAACUGCGCUGGCUACUUGAGGUUUUCGCUGGCUGUAAAUUGUUGGAGAAACGCAACAAUUAAUAAGGGAUAUGUAUUUCAGGGGAAGGGGAACAUAUAUCGCUAGGGAUAUUUGUUUCCUGAGUUGGGGAACACAUAUCACUAGGUAUAUCACUAGGGAUGACACACGUCUGAUGUUUGUUGUCUGAUGUUAGAUUUCAGACUUCUGAUAACGUACGUUGCCUGACAAGACAUCAAACAUCACACGACUGGUAUCGGACAUGUAUCAUCAGACGUCUGACAUCAGACGACAAACAUCAGACCUCUGACAUUAAACAUCAGACAUCUAAUAUCAGACAACAAACAUCAGACGUCUGACAUUACACAUCAGAUGUCUGCUAUCAGACAAGACAUCAGACAUCUGUGAUCAGACGUCUUAAAUGAAACAUCAAAUGUCUGAUACGACAUCAGACAUCAGGUAUCGCACAUAUGACAUCAGACAUCAGACGUCUGAAAUCAAACAUCAGACUUCUGAUACGACAUCAGACAUCUGGUAUCAGACAUAUGACAUCAGACAUCAGACGUCUGACAUCAGAAAACAAAAGUCAGACAUCUGACAUUACACAUCAGAAGUCUGAUAUCCGACAACAAACAUCAGACGUCUGACAUUACACAACAGACAUUUGGUAUCGAACAAGACAUAAGACGUAUGUCAUCAGAUGUCUGAAAUCAAACAUCAGACUUCUGAUACAACAUCAGACAUCUGGUAUCAGACAUAUGACAUUAGACAUCAGACGUCUGACAUUACACAUCAGAUGUCUGAUAUCAGACAACAAACAUCAGACAUCUGACAUUACACAUCAGACGUCUGGUAUCAGACAAGACAUCAGACAUGUCAUCAGACGUCUGAAAUCAAACAUCAGACAUCCAACAUCAGACAACAAACAUCAGACGUCUGACUUUACACAUUAGAUGCCUGACAUCAGACAACCAACAUCAGACGUCAGAUAUCAGACAACAAACAACAGACGUCUGACAUUAAACAUGAGACAAAAACAUCUGACGUCUGAUAUUAGACAUCAGACGUUGGAUAUCACACAAUGAACAUCAGACGUCUGACAUUACACAUCAGACAUCUGGUAUCAGACAAGACAUCAGACGCAUGUCAUCAGACGUCUGAUAUGACAUCAGUCAUCUGGUAUCAGACAUCAGACGUGUGAUAUCAGACAUCUGACAUUAGACAUCAGACGUCUGGUAUCAGAUAAGACAUCAGAUGUGUGAUACGACAUCAGACAUCUGGUAUCAGACAUCAGACGUAAUAUCAGACAUGUGACAUUAGACAUCAGACGUCUAAUAUCACACAACAAACAUCAGACAAGACAUCAUACGUAUGUCAUCAGAUGUCUAAUACGAUAUCAGACGUCUGGAAUCGGACACAGCUGUCAUCAGACAUCUGACAUCAGAGAUCUGUCAUCACACAUAAAACAUCAGAUGUCUGACAUCAGACAUCUGUCAUCAGACAUCUGACAUCAGACAUCUAACAUCAUACAUCUGUCAUCAGACGUCUGACAUCAGAUGUCUGGUUUCAGACAUCUGUCAUCAGACAUCUAACAUCAGACGUCUGUUCUUAGACAUCUGUCAUCAGACAUUUGACAUCAGACGUCUGACAUCAUACCUAAGUCAUCAGACGUCUGACAUGAGACGUCUUUUAACAGACAUCUGUUAUCACACGUCUGACAUCAUACCUCUGUCAUCAGAUGUCUGUUAUCAGACAUCCAACAUGAGACGUCUGACAUCAUACCUCUGUCAUCAGACAUCUGUUAUCAGACAUCCAACAUUAGAUGUCUGACAUCAUUACCAUUCAAAGGAAACCUUUUCACUAGCACUUGUUAAAGGUACCAUCUUUUAAUAGGUGUUUUAUGAAAAGAGUCGGCUUUUUUGGGGGGGGGGGCUUUUGAUCCCUGUUCAGAGUAAAAGAGUAAAGGGCAGAGUGCAUGUUCUGUACUCUCUCCUCACUUGUGAUUGAGUAUUGGCUAUCACAGCCGUAAACUAUUGUCAUAUGAAGAGUUUUAAGAAUCCAACUUUGUUAAUGCUCAGUGAUUGACUUCUUUCAAAGGUUAUUAUGCACCGUCUUCAGAUCCAUAUCGACAGUAUUAUCAACAGUCUCAGCCAAACCAACAAGUAGCACAGACCGACCAACAACUUUCACAAGGAAGGGAAGGUAAUUUUUUUAAGAAUAACUGUUGUUGUUUGCUACAUCGUAAAUUCAGAUUUCUGUUAGAGUUGCAGACAAGUCAAUAUGUGAAAGCCAAGUACUUAGAGCAAAGAGAGUUAAUGUAGUAUUAGAAAGAGGAAUUUAAGCUUUAUUUCCAGGCUUGCUAGAGUCAAAAAGGAGUUUGGGAAAGUCUAGGUAGUAGCUUGAAGAAAUGCCAAAUCUUUCACUGGAAAAUGCAAACCUAGAAUGCCUUGCUUGUGGUUUCACAGUAAGUUCCAGAUACCAAAAGGCAUUUAUCACAUUUCAGAGUCAACUGUCUCUAAGACAGACACCAUUCGGAUUAGCAGUAACUGGUCAUUUAGAGAGCUGUCUUUCUUGUAGACAGUUGAAUAAAAUGACUGAAGGACUCAGUAUUGUAGGGAUAAAGUUGGCAGGAUUUGUGGAGGUGGUGGGGAGGUUGCAGAAGGUAAUGGCGAGCUUUGUCCAAUACUGUCGGCAUGAGAGGGCCAUGCUUGUGCAUGUCUAGGUGUUAUUAUCUUGGAGGGGAUUUCUGUCCUUUCUCCUACCCCAGCAAUUGCGCUAAGUUCUAAAAUCUAAAAAAGGAAUAAUAUUAUAAAUAAAUUCAUGCGUGUAGGUGGGGGUACAGAAGGUUAUGGCUGGAGGUCCCUGCUUGGCGAUGGGUCUAGUGGCACCAUUCUUCACUAAUGAAAAGUGAGGUAACACUUCCGGCCCCUUGACCUUUAUGGCCAUGAGAAUGACAAACACGAGCUCUAAGGGCACCUUCAAACCAUCCUCGUCACAAUGACAAUUUUCCUUUUAAUCAAAACUCUCCAGCCAGAUCAGUCAAAUCCUAAACAGUAUGCACGAAGGAGAACGUUUUUCAACAAAAACUCUUUGAAAAAGCCGAUUUCAGUUUCAAACUGACUGGUCGGGUAAUGGUCCGACCGGCCACUUCUGACAAAUGGAAAGCGCCCUAAUUGUCUAUGUAAGUGAAGGUGUCGGUUAAGAAGGAGUUAAUUGUCUUCGUUUUUGGUUAUAAUGUUCAGACAAAACACAAGACCAGAAAUUAGAAACUGCUUCUCAAGAAACCAGAGGCAAAGAAAAAGAUCAACAGGCAAAGGAUCCCGUAAAGACUGAAAUCAAGGAAGAAGUCACUGAGCAAGCGACAACAGAAGACUCUGAAAAAAGGGUAAAAUGUGUUUUCUGUGUUGCAGUAGAGUGGUGUUUGUGAAGGCAUGCUAGACUAAAGGUUUUUAAUGCCUCAAACUUCAGAUGUGGAAGUCUGGGUUCGAGCCCUGACCAUUCCAUCGCGUUGUUUGUCUUCAGUUUCGAGCCAUUCAGUCAAGCCAUAUUAAACUUUAGAAUCUGUCGUCUUCCCCAGUGACCGGCCAUUUCGCUUACGAGUUGUUUCGCCAACGUCCCGUUUACUAACGUUAGCCAAACGACCGCAAACCACCUCGGUAUACCUCUCUUGAUGGCGAGAUGGUUUGGUAGCGAGUUGACCAGAUGCCCCAAGAGCUAGUGCUCGAAACGUCAGCUUUUGAUCAUUUUACGCUGGUGCAUUGUAAACGGGCCUUAUCACCUCAGUUAAUAAAACGAAUUUUUUCACUUUUUUGUUUUUUGCGCAGGAAGAUGUACCAAGACAGCCGCCAUACCAACCGGGGCCGGGGCAUUUUCAGCAUCCGCCUCCCUUCCCUCCUCCUUAUGGUGAUCAAUACUUCGGUCAUGGUCCCCCUCCAUUCCCCCCUCGUUUUCCACCCCCGCCGGGUUAUAUGCCCGACUUCCGACAUCCCCCUCCAAUGUAUGGUCACCCGCCACCCAACUUUCAUGAUGACAGAUUCCACGGAAGGUGAGUAUAUUUUGUGAUUUAUCCUAGUUCCCCCCUUCCCCCGUCUUCUUAUUGACAAAUCUAAUAGUAAAUAAAAGCUAACUAUUAAUUUACAGUCAGUGCAAAACCUUAAAUUGUCAGCGCGUAGCUCUCAUCAUUGUAGUCUGUGCUUAACCCUAGUCAAGAUCGGAAUCGAAGGUCGAACUAGAACGGGGGCAAACGUGAAAGGGCGGCAUCGGCUCUUUUCCAGUUAGCUAGUUAAGAGGACAAUUACACGGACGCAUUUACACGCACGCAGUUUCCUGUCAGAGCCAUUUAACGAAUUUGAAACCCGAUAGAGAGACCGUUUUUUGACUUCUUAGCAGAUGUAGUCCAAAGCGAGAACCUUGCCGCUUUUUUCAUUAUUGUGCUCGGCUGCUUCCUGCGCGACCCUUGACAGCCUGAAAAAGAGAGGUGAUACAAUCUAGGCGAAGCAGAAGGCAUUUCGCGCAACACCUCACCGAUCUUGACAAACCCUGACAUAAUUUGUUUCUCUGUUUCUCUCUCGCGGGUUUUCCGAGGAACUUCGCCGCCAAUCGACGUUUAGAACUUGAAAUUUUGUUUUAAAAACAAAUAGACAACAGUUUUAUUUUGUCUAUACACUUACAUCGACCAAAGAAAUGACGUCGGAAUACUCAAACGGUGGAUUAUUACUGUGGUCUACAAAAGUAUAGACAACAGGAAAUUGUUGCGGGCGAAAAGAGGAGCCCGCUAUCCUAAUCUUCAGGUUGUUAUUACGCAUGCGUCGCAUGCAUGUAGCUAGCAUUCGUUUGGACUUCUACUAAGAAUGAAUGGAAUGCACCAAACGCAAUUUGAUUACGCGCGUUUCAACCUUCUACCCCGCGUGAUCUGAUCACGCGUAUUUUGACCAUCUGUCAAAUAAAACUUACGCAAAGCACAGCGUUGGAGUAAAAGCGUUUGGACCUUCGAUCGUUGUCGCGCCGUCUCCCUAACAUUUGGUUAUUACUAGUUGUAUUUUUAAAUAGAUUUGAGCUACUGUUACAAAACUGUGAUGCGGAUGAAUUUACGAAACUGAGUAUGUAUUUCCACGUUUCUUUUAUCCAGACCGCCUCCAUUCCGCGGACCCCCGCAACAAUUUGACUACCAACACCAGCGGUCAGAAUUCGAUCAGUUUGAAGGGCGUGGUCCUCCACCUUCAAUGGUGAAUGAGUACAAUCACGGUAGGCCGAAAGAUGACGAGGGGUAUGGGAUGGAUGAGUAUGAUAUGCCUCCGGAGCCCCCGCCACCCGAGCCUAUUAUACCUACGGCAUUGUACUACGAGCUUCCGGCAGGCCUCAUGGCACCGCUUGUGGGGGUAAGAAUCCUGCUGCAACUGCAGUCACUGACUGAUAAAUGUGUCAGAGAUUUUUCUUUUUAUUCUUGUAGUUAAGUUCUUUAUGUCUCCGUUUCUCUAUUUUUCUUCUUUGUAAAUGGCCCCUGCUAAACGCUUUUCGAGGCUUUCACUUGCUUUAUCCGAAAUAAUCUCACAAAUAUUUUCAAAACCUCGCGCCAUUUUUAACAAAACAAAGAUAAACAAGUUUCCCGUGACGUCAUCCAUGCAUCUAUACUUCCAACAGAUCAUGGGCAACGACCAAUCACAACGUGCUGACUAGAUCCUUUAGGGUCCGUCUUUUUUUUGUACGUUGACCCUUGCUGCAUACAAUAACAUAUAAUGUUAUCUUUAAACAGUUAUCAGAUGUGGACUACAAACCAUUAGAUCCUUCCAUGCUACGUCUACCCGCACCACAGCCACCGAGUGAACGGCUUUUAGCUGCAGUUGAAGCGUUUUAUAGUCCACCAAGUCAUGAAAGACCCAGGAACAGGUUAGUUUGAGAGUGGUAAACAAUUUUGUGAUUGGCUGGAAUAAUCUCGCGCCAAUUUUUCAAGCAGUCAGAGAAAGGCCUCGUUUUCACGGGCAACGUUGUCCUUGUCAAGUUUGCCCAUUAGGAAAGCGUGUUCUUGUUGGUUCCAUUCUAGAAACAGUUCCAAACCCUUAUCAGAGAGAUGGAGAAGAGAUAAAACAACACAUCUAUGGCAAACGGUUUUCCAUUGACUGCCUGCACCGAUGCUCAACGUAUUUCUCUUAAACUGAGAGAAACAAAGACUUUGCUAGUCUAGUCGUUUCUUUUCAGUUUUCCCAUGGGCUUUAAAGAUAGGCCAUUUCCGUGUUCCAAGAACUCUCACUUUCAAAACGAGGCUAAGUGCAAAACCUUUCUUGUGGAAAUGUUUUAUUUGCGUGAGAAAAAAAAUCCUUUUCAUAUCAAUCGCUUCGCUCUUAUCCUCUUCUUGAAACAGAGGCCUGGCGCAACUCGGAAAUGGCCUUUUUCUCAGGAAAGUAUCUUUGCCAAGUUGCUAAAGUAGCUUUUAAAUUUAAUUCUAAGCUUAAAAAACUCACGCUGUAGCAGUUAUCUAGCAAUUUAAGUGCUUUUUGCUCUGAUUUCGUCGGCUAAUAUCAUGAAAUAAACUGAUUUGUUUUGUGCUCCAGUGAAGGAUGGGAACAAAGCGGACUGUUUGAAUUUUACAAAGCAAAGUUGAGGUAUAUCAAGGACCGCGAAGAAGCAGAAAAAAACAAAGUCCCAGAGAUCCCACAAAGCCGAUCAAGGUAAGAAGCUAACGAACACCAGUGAUGACUUUUGUCACCUACCAAUACAUCUCCUAGCCUACGAGGGUAGUUUUGCUCUAAACGCCGAAAAGGCCUCUGUGCAUGCUCUCAAAGUCUAUUCUUUCCUCUUAGGUCGAGGUCGAGGUCCAGAUCACCCCGCCGUUCGAGAUCUCGUUCCCAGUCUCCUCGUCAGCGGCGAUCUCGUUCUCGUUCCAGGUCUCCCAGGAGGCGUCGCAGUCGUUCUAUCUCUCCUAAAAGGAGAAGGUAAAUUGUAAUAGUAUUGUUAAUGUGUAAUUAGAUGAGGCUUUUCCACGCACCUAACCAAUCAAGAAAGGAGUUGUCACUUAUUGGAAGAAGCGUUGCGUGACAGCACCAAGAUAACAAGUAUAUUUUAAUUAUCCUUUUCCGUACGUCUAGGUCACGCUCACGUUCAAGAUCACCGCGUUCUCGCUCCAGGUCACGCUCUCGUUCAAAGUCACGCUCACGGUCACGCUCUCGAUCCCGGUCACGAUCAAUCUCGCCGAUGUUCAAGUCAAACAGAAGUCCUGGUAGAAGCCCUACACCGCCAAGUUUUCAGUAAGUGGUUGAUUUUACACCAUUUCUGUUGGUAUACGGUAGCAAACGAUUCGGGGAAUAAUCAAUUUAUGUCUUGUUUUCUGUUUUCAGUCCGACUUAUACAUCCAAGGUACCCGAGCAGAAGCUUGAUGAGAGCAAUGUAGGACAUCAGAUGCUGAAGAAAAUGGGUGAGCUGUUGGAAUAAUGAACAAUUAUUCCUCGAGCCCAAAUUGGCUCUUCGGCCGAAUGGGCUAUUGACUCAGAGGCCAUGAGGGCGAGAGAAAUAAUUGUUUUAGUAAAAUCCAACUAGCUGGUCAAAAAUAUCGAGACAAAACAACUUUAGCUAGUUAAAGCCAGACGUUAAUCUUUUUUUUGCCGCCAAAAAGCCGGCGCUUUCGCUACUAGUGGGCGAUAACAUAUAGCCUAGUAGUAGCUCAACCAAUCAGAACGUAGCAUUGAUAAUAGAUCACUAGUUGGAUUUUACUAAUGCCUGUUAUCACCAUACAAAUAGAGGCUCCCCAGUAGGGUUUUUCGGGAUGCCGGAUUUCCCUUAUUUGAAGGCCAGGAUGCAGCAUUUUAAAGCAAAAUGGGGGCGGGAUUCGGGGUUGACAUUAUGCUUGGGCCCGUAGGGGAAGGGUUACGUGGGUUAAUUUUUGCUGGGUAUAUGCCGCUGGCCUCUUUUAACCCCUACCCCAUUAUAGUCUAUUCUGUGGCCAUAUUAUAGACCCCAUCUUAGUCACUUUUGGAAAAAAGUAAUUUCACAAUCCCAACUUAGUCACGUUCUGUUUCUGCGUCUACCUUAUAAAGCCUUUUAACUUGGUCACCCUGAAAUGAACUGACACAUAAUGACGUUUGUUAAACUUAAUGUGGGUGUAAAUUCUUUCUAUUUUUAAAUCCCUACAUACCUGAUUUUUCGGACCCAAAAAUCCUGAAAAUGUGCGACGCCAUACUUGUCAAUCCAGUCGUGAAGAUGCUAUCCCAUCCACAUACCUAUUAGCGUACGGUACUACUAGGAAGAACUCCCCCCGGUCGCUCGGAAUGCGGGAUGGCAAAAAUAACCCUCGGGAUUACAGGAUUGCACGAAAAUUUGGGUCGGAAUGACUGGAUUGAAGAACCUUAUUGGUGACCCUCAAAAUAACGCACAGAGAAGUUGACUUGCAUAUCUUGUAGUUAAAUUUUCAUCUAAAGGUAAUUUGUAUGUUUCUUUUGUUUCAACUUCAUUAGCAUACAUUACCAUACCCAAAAACAAAAGAAAAACAAAAAUUACGUGAGAUAAAAAAUUAACUACAACACAUACACACGGCAAAUCGACUAAAACAUUCAAAGUUUAAACAAACACCCUAAUUUUUUCCCCUACAGUUUUGAAAUUAACUUGCUGUCGCUAUAGUUGCCUACUUAGCGUAAUAUUAAUUUAUUGAUCUAUUUAUUUAUUUAUUUUUAUUUUAUUUUUUUUGACUUUUACAGGAUGGGGCGGAGCAGGCCUGGGGAGAACCCAGCAAGGAAUCAGUGAUCCGAUAUCAGGGGGGGAGGUUCGGGAUAAGUUUGAUAAGUACAAGGUGAGGGUCCACUGUUGUUUCUAACAGGGCUUAAUUGUUCGAAAGGCGGGCAACGCUAUCCCCCGCAUUUAUCUCCCGGAGCUCCUGGAGGUAUGGGGGUGGGAGAGGGAAUACGGAAGGACGCCCCUAUGCUAGAGAGCCCCGGGGAGCUUGCUCGCAGGCUAGUGAAAAGUGCAAUUGGUUUUCGUAAUACUUAUACGCUGGAUAGUGAUUUGUCCGGUGGAUAGCGCUAUCCAACGCUUGUGUAACCGGGCCAGCUGGGGCCCGUUUCUCGAAAGUCCCGGUAACUUUUCGGGCCCGAAAUCAAAUAUUCAAAUCGAAAUAUAAGAAUAAGGGCGCGGGUCCUGGCCAGCAAACUACUCCAUUUUGUUCAUUAGCUGAUAGUUUUAUCAUGUUAGAUGCAAAACUCUUGAAACGUCGAACUUUAAUGUAAACGGAGACAGCUUACCGGGCCCGUUAAUUAUCGGGACUUACGAGAAACGGACCCCUCAGAUCUUUUGUAAGUGUUUUGUCCUUUUUUGUAAGUUUUGUUUUGUUACAGAUGAGACUCGUAAUUUAGAAAAUACCAGUUGCUUUUUAUGAACCAUAACAGUAGUUUAAUGAUCAUUUUUGUCACUCUUCAGGGAGUUGGAAGUGAAAUGAACGAUCCUUUUGAAGCGUACAGAAAAAGCAAAAGUUACUCCUUCAUUGGUUCUCGUAUUGGUAAGUACUUUAGCCAACUCAUCAGUGGAACAAUGAACUUAAAACCUUCAGGAUUCACUUGUUUUCAAUGAUCGCCCUCCAGUCAUAGCCGGUAGCGGACUCCUCCGCAAGAGGUUUCAUGUUCGCGGAUUCAGCCAUAUACCGUAAAUGGUCGAUUAAGCGCCGCACCUUUACCGAAAAUAAUUAAAUAAGCGCCGCUCUCGAAUGAGCGCCGCGGUGCUAAUUUGGGUGCUUACGCCCCACCUUAUCACGCUUGGUACAAUCAAAACCAUAUCGCUUGAGAAAUAAGACCUCGACCAAAUCGUGAGUUCUAAAGUUCUAAUGUAGGGAAACUCUUGAAACCGGGUUCACAUAACAGUUCGAGGUAUACAUAAUUUAUAUUAAAUUGUGCAUACCUAGUACGCGCCUAACUUAAUUCCCUCCAUAUUCCCCUCAAUGUUUCACCCUUAGUUAAAAUAAGCGCCGCAUCUUUAACAGGGAAAAUGAAAUAAGCGCCGCUGGGCUUACUCGAUCAUAUACGGUAGUAAAGCACAGUUCCAAAGUACCUUUCAGUAACGUUCUUCUGAAAAGUCACAUUUAUGAGUUUAUCCAAAGACUGAAAAGUUACAUUCAUCUUAAAAAUCAUCAUAAGUAAAAGUACCACGACAAAGUACUACUCAGUAGCUGUUGUUUAUAAUUUUAUUUCUCUCUAAUUUGUUCAUUUUUCGUCCAAAAACUUUGUAGCUACAAUCUCAAUUAUCUUUUUCGCAGUACAAAGUUUCAAACGCACGGUGCUAAAAGGAGCUAAAAAAGUAAACUGUUUUAUUCUUUUAUUCUCAGCUAAAUCUGAGGAAAGAGCCGCUGCAAGAAGAGAAAAUGUGAAAGAGGCAGCCAGGAGAGAGAAAAACGAGGAUAGAUGAUUGUUCAUGCAGUCAAUUAGCGUCACUGGGGGAACCCUGGUGACGAUAAACACUUUGAGUCAAAUAAGUGUUACUUCAUCAGCCCGUUAUCCAGGCGGUGUUGCCAAGCAACGUGACUAAGCGUUUCAACGAGAACCUGUCUUGAAAACUUUCAUUGAUGUCUCGAAAAAACCGUGCAGUGUUUGGUUUUGUCAAUAGACUAAAUAUUCUAAGAGAAUGCCAGCAAGCAAGCUCUAGUCUUGCACGCUCUCUUGUACAGUUAUGGCGAGAACUGCGAAAGAUGCAAGAACUGUGUUAAGACUAAAGAGCUGAUUAUCUUGUCGAUGCAGGACAAGAUGACGAAAAGAAGUUGUU